CUCUUGAUUCAUCCGUGUUGAGCGGCGCCGGAAGUGACCGGCGGCGUUGCGUUAGCAGCUCGCGCUAACCGGACCGGGACCGGCGUAACCGAUAGAAGAGCCGAAACAUCAGGAUCACAGCCGGUGCUGUCUCUGCGCCCUUCCUGUGACAGAACCUGCACUUUAUCUGUGAGUAUCGGUUUGAAUUCAGGAAGUGCAGUGUGUUUGGGGACGUGGCUUGUGUUUGAGGGGUGUGGUCUAUGUCCGAGGGGGGCGUGUUUUUCUAACUUGCGACUAAUAGAACAGGUGUUUUGCCAUCCUGCUGUGGCUGUGUGGGUGGGGUAGUGGGCGGAGUCAGGCUCAGACUCAGGCUGUGAUUGGCUGAGGGUGAUGAGUGGGCUGAUAGGGCCACAUGGGAGGCGGGACAGGGGGUGUGACCAUGGGCGGGGCAUGGAUUCGCCAUGCUGGUUUGCCCCCAGUGCACUGAGGCGUCUGGUCGAGCUGCCGGUGCCAGUUCUAUCCCGUCACCAGCUUAAGCGUUUGGAGGAGCAUCGCUACAGCAGCUCCGGUCGCUCCCUGCUCGAACCCGUCAUGCAGCGCUACUGGGAGUGGCUCGUUCACAAGAUGCCGCCCUGGAUUGCACCUAACCUCAUUACCAUCUUAGGCCUGGCAACCAACAUUUUCACCACGCUGGUGCUGGUGUAUUACUGCCCCACUGCCACCGAACAGGCUCCUCUCUGGGCGUAUCUUCUGUGUGCGGUCGGUCUGUUUGUUUAUCAGUCGUUGGACGCUAUUGAUGGAAAACAGGCCAGACGCACUAACAGCAGUUCACCACUGGGGGAGCUGUUUGACCACGGCUGCGAUUCGCUAUCUACAGUGUUUGUGGUGUUGGGCACCAGUGUAGCGGUGCAGUUGGGCACUCACCCUGACUGGAUGUUUUUCUGCUGUUUUGCGGGCAUGUUUAUGUUUUAUUGUGCCCACUGGCAGACAUAUGUCUCCGGUACACUGCGCUUCGGCAUUAUUGAUGUGACAGAAGUGCAGAUCUUCAUAAUUCUCAUGUAUGUUCUGGCUGCUGUGGGCGGAUCGGCUUUCUGGCAGUCUCCGAUUCCCGUAAUAAACAUCCAAAUGAAAAUAAUUCCAGCCCUUUGCACAUUUAUUGGGGUUGUAUUUUCAUGUACCAAUUACUUCAGAAUCAUACUUACUGGCGGCGUGGGAAAAAACGGAUCCACUAUAGCGGGUACGAGUGUAUUAUCUCCCGUCCUACACAUCGGCUCUGUGAUCGUUCUCGCCAUGAUGAUUUAUAAAAAAUCAGCCGUCCAGCUGUUUGAGAAGCACCCCUGUCUGUAUAUUCUGGCCUUCGGCUUCGUAUCGGCCAAAAUCACCAAUAAAUUAGUGGUGGCUCAUAUGACGAAGAGUGAGAUGCAUCUCCACGACGUGGCGUUUCUCGGGCCCGGGCUCUUAUUCCUCGAUCAGUAUUUCAACAGUUUUAUCGAUGAGUAUCUGGUGUUGUGGAUUUCUCUGGUUCUGUCUCUCUUCGAUCUGGUGCGGUACUGUGUCAGCAUCUGUAACGAGAUCGCCUCUCAUCUGCACAUCUGCGUCUUUAAAAUCAAACCACAGAGCACAGCGCCUGUCGAGUGACCUUUGACCUCCGCAGGAAACAGCGGUUUGAUUAAUACCUGGGCGGUUUCAUCUUUUUUUUUUCCUGCACUUUCAACUCUUCUGAGUCUAAACGACAACAAACGAAUCAUUACGAUUCUGCACUUAGACCGAUGCAGUGUGUCAUCUCCAUGAACAAAUGAACGAAUGAAUGAAUGAUCUUUCAUCCCCCGUCACUUUUCUUUAGAUGAUUAUUAUUUUAAGAAAAUAACAAGAGAUUGAAAAUGUUUAAAUGCAGAUGAAAUGUAACUUCAUCACUAUCAUAAUUUGUGCUGCUGCUAAUAAUGAUGAUUUGCGCUCAUUCUAGGCGAAAGAAAGUUCGUUUUCUCUGUCGUUUUGUGCGUCUCUCAGCUCGAUCUAAACCUAAUUUAUAUCAAAUAAUCGGGACAUAUUUUGGAUUGGUUUGUCGACCGAAGUUUCAGUUUUCAAGCACAGAUAUCCUCGUCUCUUCAGCUCGUUUGCAUGAUCAUUGAUCAUUGAGGAAGUGCCUCUAGAGUGAAUCUCACGAAAAAAUAAAAAUGAUCAAAUUAUAUUCGGUGUCAAGACAGCUUAUUGUCCAGAUUUGUACGUAUGAUAUUCAAAACAUUGGAAUGUACCGUGAUGUAUACUUAUAUUAACACUGUACGAUCAGGUUGUAUUUGUUAACAUUAGUGAAUAUAUUAAGUAUCAUGAACUAACAAUGAACAAUUAUUAUUUACAGCAGUUAUUAAUCUUGUUGCAUGUUAAUUCAUAACAAAUACUAUUUUCCAUUGUUGAUAUUAACAUUGAAGCGUGUUUAAUAAGUGCUGUAAAAGUAUUGCUCAUGUUAACUAACGAAUACAGUGUUAAUAUUUAAAUGAUAUAUUGUUAAUAUUACUGUUUACAUCUUGAUUUUUGGAUUAGUUUCGUGAAAUUCACUCUUAUAUUUGCAUCACUCUGCCUGAAUUGUUUAAAUUGAAAACGCCAAGAAUCAUCGUGUUCUUCAGUGUUUGUGUCAGACUGCAGACAUGGCACAUGAUUAUUCACUAGUUGUACAUGUGAUUGAGAGGAACUCUAGUAGAUGACUUUUAUACCCAAAGUAUCUAUAUGUGGAGAAAUAAAUGUGAGAACGGGAAUUGUGUUACGCUGAUCUAAUUAUUUCAUGCAUGUAAACAGUUGCCUUAAAUAUUGAGAAUUGGUUGUCGAGAAAUAUGUUCAUCUUUGCAUGUUGUUCUGGGAUAAUGCCAAUGAAAUGACGUAAUCGAUCUUAAUUAGUAAUAACAGCUCAAUGCUGCCACCCCAAAAAACAAAUGUUUAAAGUUUGUAUAACCAGACCAUUUUACCAUGAGAAGAAUUCAUGUUAUUUUAUUUACAAAUAACUUUAAUAUUCCAUGUGCUCAUGAGUUUGUGUUUUAUUGCUACAAUCGUGAGCUUCUCGUGUAAUUCUGGCUUCAGACAUCUUCUUUUAAAGGUUCUCAAUCGUUGUUGAAUGCAGUAUGAUGAAGAUGAAGUAUGUGUAUGAAAUGUUGUUUACUCGCACUUAAAAUCUUUGAUUAUUUUUGUUAGUUUUUGCGUGUUGCCAAAUCCUCAAGACAGCAGAUUUAAGCACUUAUUAAAUCUCGCAGAUGCUAACGUCCAGCGUUUAUUUGUAUGAUUUUCAUUGAUCGGGUUGGUCAGUUUCUCCCCUCAUGAUUUCAGUGAUGUAAACUGCCUCUUUCUGACUUAAAACUGUUGCUUUGACUGUAACAUUUUCAGAUUUUUGAAUAAAAGCACCUGUAAAAUAAAGAUUGUUAUAUUUAUGAUAA